AUGGGCGAAUUUUCACGUACAACGGUCGAAGUAGCCAGGUCGUUGGUGGGCAGAGCGGCUUCUGGGCAGGGCGGGGUUUUCUCAGGCGACAAUCCAUCUAAAUACAAUGCGAGUGACCCCAUCCGUUUAUGGAUUAUUCAAUUAGUGAUAAUCAUGUCUAUGAUCCAGUUUCUCUCGCUCAUAUUUUCACGUAUUCGCCAACCCCGUGUAAUUGCCGAAGUCAUUGGAGGUGUCUUUCUUGGACCCACAGUAAUGGGACGAAUUCCAGGUUUCACCGCUGCCAUCUUUCCAGGCGCCGGCAUGCCCUUGCUCAAUCUCACGGCUAAUAUCGGCCUGGUCCUGUUCCUGUUCUUGGUGGGACUGGAAAUUGAUACGCGUUUAAUGAAGAGAAACGUAAAAGCCGCAGUUUCCAUUUCUGUUGCCGGUUUACUGUUCCCUCUUGGGCUCGGCGCUGGGCUCGGCGUAGGCGUGUACCGCGAAUUCAUUGAUCCAAGCGUCAAUUUUGGCUACUUUGUCCUCUUCACUGCGGUUGCUGUCGGUAUUACCGCCUUCCCCGUCUUGUGCCGUAUACUUACGGAGUUGAAACUCCUGGAUACGACAGUCGGAGUGGUGACACUAUCCGCCGGAGUUGGUAAUGAUGUCGUUGGAUGGAUCCUUUUGGCUUUGACAGUUGCUCUCGUCAAUGCCUCAUCCGGCCUCACCGCUCUAUGGGUACUACUCACCAGUGUCGGCUACGUGAUAUUCCUCAUAUUUCCGGUUAAAUGGGCGUACAUCUGGUUGAGCAGAAGAACAGGAAGCUUGGACCAAGGGUCGCCGACGACGUCGAUGAUGACUGUGACUCUGCUUAUCGUCUUCAUAUCUGCCUUCUUCACGGAUAUCAUUGGAGUUCAUCCUAUCUUCGGUGGGUUUUUGGCAGGUCUUAUCGUUCCUCACGAAAAUGGGUAUGCAAUUUCCUUGGUGGAAAAGAUAGAAGACUUAGUCACCAUUUUGUUCUUGCCUCUUUACUUCGUCUCAUCCGGGUUGAAUACCAAUCUUGGACUGCUCAACAAUGGCGUUACUUGGGGCUACACCAUCCUCAUUUGUUUAGUCUCCUUCUCGGCCAAGUUCCUUGCCUGUGGUGCAACAGCCUUUGCAACAGGUUUCAACUGGCGUGAAGCCGGAGCUAUUGGAUCUUUGAUGAGUUGUAAAGGUCUCGUCGAGCUCAUUGUGCUCAACGUUGGUCUCCAAGCUGGCGUUCUGGAUACUCGCACCUUCUCCAUGUUCGUUCUGCACGCGAUCGUCUUGACGUUCAUCACGACACCUCUUGUCCUGCUAUUUUAUCCUUCGAGAGUUCGUGUUCAUGCCUCUGGGGCCAAUGAUGUGCCCAAACUCGAAGGAGAAAUUGAAGCUGGUUUGCCUCGCAAGCCUUCCUCUGACGAUGAAGUCAGGACGAGGUUUGCGGUUGUAUUAGACAAGAUUGAACAACUGCCGGCUGCGAUGACGCUGUCUCAGCUCUUGCAGCCUUCUUCCGUGUCAACAGACACAUUCAUCUCGUCUCCUGAUGAAAAAGGGUCAACUCUGGAAGAGCGGACUCCCAGUCCAGUACCUCGGAUAUCCAUUGACGCUCUUCGCCUCAUUGAGCUCACGAACCGCACAUCGGCUGUCAUGCAAUCCACAGAGUCUGACUCUCUGUUGCAGAGCGAUUCCGUUUUGUCCAUCUUCCGCACAUUCGGUCGUCUUAACAAACUAGUUGUGUCCACCGCUCUCUCUGUUAUUCCCUACGAUGAAUUCCCGGCCGCUAUCUCCCACCACGUUACUGGUUCCGACUCUCAGAUAGUUAUCCUUCCGUGGUCACGAGGUCCUGGUGCCAUUGCCGCAUCGGACAACGAUGGCAAAACUGGAGGUGCACGUAAUCCUUUUGACGGUGUCUUCCAAAAAUCAUAUACCCAAGACCAGACAAGCUCUGUCGUAUAUUCGGAGCUCAUACGCAAGGUUUUCCUUAGUUGCCCGACAGACGUCGCACUGUUUGUUGAUCGUGGCCUGAACCAUGGGCCCAAUCAGCAGCUCAUUCUACCCUUCUUUGGAGGACCGGAUGAUAGGCUGGCUCUGCAGUUUUUGGUUCAGCUGUGUGUGAACACUGGGGUGAAGGGCGCCGUGGUUUGGAUAACCAAGACGGAUAAUCCCUUGACGCCCACGAGCACAGCAGGAUCUAAUUUGAAGAAGCCGACGGAGGAUACGAGUAGGACGGGGACAGUGCAUCUGACUAUGGCCGCUGCUGAUACGAUGUAUGGAUGCCAAAACACAGAAACGAUGCUUGCGAGCGAGACGGCGGAUAAUUUGGUCUGGAACAAGUAUACCUCGACCCCGGUGUCUGGUCACAGAGCGGCGAUUGCAUCUGCGCUAUCUCGGAUAACGUUCUCCAAACAAGAGGCUUCUGAACCGUUGCGUGCUGUUUUGGAACUCGUCCGCGCGGAGCGUAGUGGGGUGAACGUUAUCGUGAUGAUGGGCAGGUCGAGGCGGAUGGCUGUAGAGUCGCAUAAGAGCGAGCUGGCGAAGAUCGUGGCGGAGAAGGGUGCCUCGAUUGGGUCGUCCGUUACCAAAACUCUAGGUGAUGUAGGCGCUGCGCUUGUAGCUGACGGCGCCAAGGCCAGUCUGCUGGUUGUCCAGGCUGCUAUUGCUGCAUCAUGAGUAAUGACGUUUUCUCUCAUACUAUGUACCUUUUUUUGUUUUGCAUGAAUGACCGAUCAUGACUUCUUCACUUUACAUGUAUUGCAUACUGUAUAUAUCAAGUAAAUAUUGGCGAUGCCCGGAUUUUGUUCAAUGGUUGAAAGAUGAC